AAAAAAACUCUUGAAUCCUAGAAAAAAUUUGCAUAUCAACAAAUGCGUAAAUUCAUUGUAAUCAUUGACCACUUAGCAGCAAAAAAUAGAACCAGUCUGAGAUGACAGUAAAAAAACUUAUCAAAAUUCGUGAAAUGCAAAUUUCUUUAAAGAAGAUCUAAAUGCACAUUGAAAUGAUUCAAUGGACUCAGUUAAGCGUUGAAUCUUAAAAGCGAUAGACGUGCUUGAUAAAAUGAACUAUAUUUUAAUAAUUUUUGUUAUUUGUUUAAAAAUUAGUUUAUUAUCAUCAAAAAGAGUUAAAGAUGAUGAAGUAGUGAAAUGGGUUAGAGAACAAGGAUAUAAAUCAGAAGCAUAUAAAGUUGAGACAAAAGAUGGAUAUAUCCUUAAAUUACAUAGAAUAGCUCCAAAAUACAAUCAAGGAUGCAAAAUUCCAGUGUUCUUAAAACACUCAGCAUUCUCAAAUUCAUUUUAUUACGUAAAUGUGCCAAAUAUAUCCAUCGCAUUUUAUUUUGCUGACCGAGGAUAUGAAGUGUUUAUGGGAAAUUCACGUGGAAGUAAAUAUUCAACGCAUCAUAAGAAAUACGACACAGAAUCAACAGAUUAUUGGAAGUUUAGUUAUCAUGAAAUUGGAAUGUAUGAUUUACCAGCAAUGAUCGAUUACUCGUUGAAGCUAUCAAAAAGUGAUAAAAUAUUUUACAUUGGCCACAGUCAAGCCACUACAGAAGUUUUAACAUUGUUGGCACUUAAACCAGAAUAUAACAAAAAGAUUAUUCAAAGUCAUUUGUUAGGAACCAUUGGAGCUUAUACAGAUCCUCCAAGGAUUCCAAAGAUGCUAGCUGCUACUUAUCCAUUAAUUAAGGAUAUAGCAAUUCAUCUCCCAUACGUGAAUUUCGGACCAGGAAACAGAGUUGCGGCAAUGGCAAACAAAGUUUUGUGUACAGAAAAUUUUCCAUUAGCUUUAUGUCAUUUGUCUCAUUACUUACUCUUGGGUGGCGAUCCAAACAGCAUCUUUAUGCCAAACAUUAGUCCGGCUGUUUAUCGUUCCAUCGUUCCAACAUUUUCACGUCGUUCAGGUGUUCAGCAAUUAUUACAUUAUGUUCAAACUACGAACAGUAAAAGGUUCCGACCAUUUGAUUACGGACCUAAGGACAAUUUGAAGAUGUAUGGAGCAGUAGAGCCACCAGAUUAUCCAUUGGAAAAUAUCUCAUCAGCAAUUUACCUUUAUGUUGGUGAUUAUGAUCGAGUGUUUUCUAAAAAGGACACUGACCUUCUCGCACCGCAGCUACCGAACGUUCACUAUAUGCUGAUAAAUGGUUAUAAUCACAUCGACUACUUGUUUGCACAAAAUGCACCAGAGAGGAUUUAUAAAGUCAUGCAUCGAGCAUUUGAGAAAGCCAAUCAAGAGUAUCAAAAUGAAAUAAUUCAAAAAUGUAGAAAAUAAUUUUAAUAGGUUUUAAACUUAAAUUUUUGUUUGUAUGAUGCUUUAGAUUUAUAAUCUUGAAUGGACAUGAAAAUAGUGAAUAAAUUAAAAAAACAAUAAAUAUUUCUAAAAUAAAGAUCGAUUUAA